AUGUUCGAGCAGCAGAAAUCAGCUCCCAAGAAGGGUGCGAAGAAAACUUUGCCGAAGCUAGUGGGCAAAAAACGUAAGAAGUCGAGGAAACAGAGUUACUCCAUCUACAUCUACAAAGUGAUGAAGCAGGUUCAUCCAGACACCGGCAUCUCUUCCAAGGCAAUGAGCAUUAUGAGUUCUUUCGUCAAUGAUAUUUUUGAACGCAUCGCAGGCGAAGCGUCCCGCCUGGCUCAUUACAGCAAACGGUCGACCAUCAGUUCUCGGGAGAUCCAGACCGCCGUGCGCCUACUUCUGCCCGGGGAGCUGGCCAAACACGCCGUGUCGGAGGGGACAAAGGCGGUGACCAAGUACACCAGCUCCAAAUAAAGAUCCAGAGUG